AUGAACUCUUCCACAACCUCAUCCUAUGUCAUGAUCGUUGGACUCCAUGGCACUUGGCUAGCCGUCACGUACUUCGCCCUCGGCUUGGCCUUUGCCUGCCUCGUCGUUGUCCUCUUGGCUCCCGGCAAGCAUCCGGAUGCACCCGUCUUCGGCUAUCGCUCCAUGUUUGAGCCUACUCUGCUGUUGCAGGCAAGGUUCAUACUGGGCGCCCACGACAUCAUCCAUGCUGCGUACCAAAAGAUGAAAAACCAAACAUUCGUUCUCCGCCGAUAUGACGUCGACUUUUUGGUUCUCCCCAUGAGAUAUCUCGAGGAAAUUCGGUUACAGCCUCAGUCGAAGCUCAGCAGCAAGGGCGCGCAGGCAGGCAACCUCGCUCCGGAAUGGACAUCGAUGGAGUUCUUGUUCCGGUCAAAUCUCCAUCUCGACGUCCUAAAGAUGAAGCUCACACCGGAACUCUACAGGUUUGUCGACGAAGCGAAGGAGGAGCUGGCCUACGGUUGGCAUCGUGAUCUACCUCGGGCGGAUGACUGGACUGAAGUGAACAUCGAGCACCGGAUGCGCAUGUUAGUCGCACGGAUGACGGCCAAGGUCUUCAUGGGUGAACCGACAUGUCGCGAUCCAGAAUGGCUCAAGAUAUCCAACGACUUCUCCGUUGAUCUGUUCACGACCGCGUUCACCAUCAAGAUGUUUCCACCCUGCAUGUACUGGAUCGUCGCCUGGUUCAUCCCGGCGCGAUAUCGCACUCGCCGCCAACUUGCAGCAGGAAGGAGGAUCGUCGGCGAGCUCAGUCGGAAGCACGAACUGGCCAAGGAGAGGCGACGCAGGGGCGAACCCGUCGUAGAGCAGGACACGCUUCUCCAUUGGAUGCUGGAUCACGGCACGGCGAGCGAAGUCGAGGUGGGAGAGAUGGGAGCCCGGCAGUGCGUCCUGACGCUCGCCAGCAUCCACACAACUGCGUCUAACGUGUCGAACAUGCUGUAUGAUCUUUGCGCUCAUCCCGAAUGGUUUGACGUUUUGAGGGAGGAAAUUGGAGACAUUGCCAAGGAUCUCGGGCCGCCGGGCAGGGACCCCGAGGUCAGCGCGAGGGCGUGGUGCACUCGCAUGGACAAGUUUGACAGCUUCUUCGUCGAGAGCCAGAGGCACAGCCCCGUUCUGCUGCUCAACCCGCAGAGACUAGCGAUACAAGACAUCAGGCUCAAGGACGGCACUCGGGUUCCGGCCGGAACGCGGCUCGCGUUCGCCAACUACGAACAUUCGAUGGACUCGGACGUCUUUGAUGAGCCUCGGGAGUUUGACCCGAUGCGAAGCUAUCGCAGGCGCAUGUCGUCGGCCGACCAGCGCGACCUGCACAAGGCUGGCAUGACGCAUCCCGACAACCUCGCCUUUGGUUACGGGAACCAAGCCUGCGCAGGCAGGCAGUUUGCGGUGGCCGAGAUCAAGCUCAUCAUGGCACGACUCCUGCAUGACUUCGAGUUUCGAUUUCCCGAGGGCAAAGCUCGACCCAAAGCACGUCAUGUAAACGAGAAUUGCUUUACAGAUCAGACGAUGACACUGAUGAUGAGGAAGCGGCAGGUGUAA